AUGACGAAGGACGCCAAGGCCAAGGAGAGCAAGGCCAGCGCCAGCGCGCCGCCCGCGAGCCCCAAGAAGCCGGCCGCCAAGAAGAAGAGCCCGGCAGUGCCGCUGCUGCUCUCGGCCGCAGUCGUCGCCCUCGCUGCCGGCGCCGCCAAGUACGCGGAUGUGUCCGUCCAGUUCGGCGCCAAACCUUUUGGGCUCGUGUCCUCCAGCACGGAGAACGUCCCGUACAAGUACGAGACCGACAUGGUGGCGCUGGACGUGCGCCACCUCGUGAGCGACCUCAACUGCAACGACUCCGACUACUCCGCUGCGACGCUCUUCGACGGCGAGCUGUUCCACGUCACGGAGCCCAUGGACGCCCCGCAGCUCAUGGACGACGACCGAGUCUUCUUCAUGCUCAACGGCGCCAACGACGGUGUCUACGUCUCGUGGAAUGGCCAGUUCGAGUGCGUGGGCCAGGCGGCCGAGGUGGCGGCGGCGUGGCUCGGCGCUGACCGCGACGUCAUGGUGAAUGGCGUGCGUCUGUACAGUCAGAUGGGUCAGCCUGUCCGCAACUCGAAGGAGUUGAAGGAGACGAAGAACAUUGUGCACGUGCUGCUGGACUUCCAGUUGUGGCAGUGGCCGGGUAUCAAGAAGGGGUACAAGUACGUGCUGGAGGACGGCGUGACGUUGACGACUGUGGGUAUAAGCCCCAAGGUGCUCGAUGUGGAGUUCUUUAUCACCCAGGAGGAGGCUGAUAAGGUAAUUGAGAUUGGAUCGCCGAAGCUCGACCGAUCGAAAGUUGAUGGCAGCAACUCGUCCAAGGUGGUGACCAUCUCUCGAACGAGUCACACGGCGUUCCUGCCGGACAGCUUGUUCACGCGUGACUUCCAGAAGCGCUCUGCUCGUGUGGCACGUCUCCCCAGUCCUUCGUUUGUGGAGCGCAUGCAACUGGUACGCUACGCUGCUGGUGAGUUCUACCGUCAGCACUUCGACACCUUCCACUCGCGUGAGUUCCUCCCCAAGGGUGCGGAUUCCUAUGAGUUCGAUGAUUAUGUGCAAUGGACCAAGUGGGCUGCCGAGAAGCUUCGUGGUCUGGACCAGACCAAGGUGCCUGAGGAGUUCCGCGAGGGUGGCCCGUUGUUCCCGAAUCCUGAAGACCCCCUUCUCUUCCCCAAUGCUUUGCUCGAGGUGUUCUACGACUACAUGAACACGACCAACAAGUUCAAGGCAUUGUUCGACACGGACUACGACGAGUGGAUCCGCACGAACUUGGAGCGCGGUGCUGAAAACCUGAUGAAGGACCUCAUGGAGGAGAAGAGGCGCCCGUCCUACCUGCCACGUAUCGUCAAGACCUGGGAAGACAAGUUGGGCCUCGGCGAGCUGCACUACACGUUCCCAAAGCACGACACGAACUCCGUCUCGCAUUUCUUCCAGUGGGUUCGCUGGGCCAAGGAGCGUGUGAGCUACCUCGGAGACAAGGCUCCAGCCGCUGCCCGCCCCGACGGAAAGCUCUACCCCAAGUUCACCGUGGAGUUCCAGGAAAUGCUGGUUGGCUUCAUUCUGGACGACUACACCAAGGGCUUCAUCACGCGCAUGACCAACCCGGAAUGGUACGACUGGAUGGUGCUCAACCGCGGCCGCAACCACGUCCUCUUCCAGGUGAUGCAGGUCUGGCCGCAGUUCGCCGAGCUGGCGAUUCGCACUUGGGAGGCGCGUGUGGGCAACGCCCCCAAGCUGCGCUACAAGCUGCCUGAGUACGUGCAGCACUUCCACCCGCAGCGCUAUGUGACGCUCUUCCUGUACUUGAACAACCAGACCAAGAUCGGCGGCGAGACUGUGUUCCCGUUCUCACUGGACAGGUACUCGGACGAGAAGAUCGUCCGCGACGGCAUGGACGAGUGCUCGACAGGGCUGGCGGUGCCUCCUCUCGGUCUGCACGCCUCGCUCUUUUACGUGCAGACUCCUGAGGGAAUCCCCGACGUCAUGAGCCGCCACGGCGGCUGCCCACCCCACGAAGGCGUCAAGUGGGGCGCCAACUCGUUCAUGUGGGACUCGGACUCCGAGGAAGGCGCCGAUCUCUGGACCACCAAGUAA